AUGGGCAAAGACGACGAUGAUGAUAUGGAUUACGAGGCCGCGAUGGAAGAUGAUGAAGCCUCGUUUGACGAAGAACCUAACUUUGGUGAAGAACUGGGCGACAUUGUUGAGUCGCAUACUCCUUUGAUGGUUGAAGCAGACACAACCCAGUUUUUUUUGAACAAAUAUGGUAUGAACUACAAUCCAGAAUUUCACAGUAAAGAGGAUGUUGUUUCGUAUGUUAGGAGAUGUGGCCGUAGGCAUGGAGUAGUUGUGGUUGUCAAACGAUCAGACUUGAGCGAUCAGAAGAGAACUCCUAGGAUUUUAUUUGGGUGUGAGAGGAGUGGUGGAUACAGGGCAAAAGGUGUUCCAAAGAAGAGAAAAUCAUCAACAAAGAAAUGCCAAUGCCUCUUUUCUCUGAAAGCUCAAGUAACAGAUGCAUCAACUGGGACAUGGGGGUUGGUUGUUAUGAAUGGGAAGCACAACCAUGAUUUGGUCAAAGCUUUUGAAGGGCAUUCAUAUGUAGGUAGACUAACUGUAGAGGAGAAGGACACUGUUGAGAGGCUAAGUAGGUCAGGGGUGAAGGCAAGAGAAAUAUUGAAUCACUUGAAGCUCAAGGAUCUUGCAAAUGCAUCAACAAUCACGACACUCUACAAUGCCAGAACUGCUCUAAGGCUUUCUGAGACUGCUGGGGAUAUGAAUCGGUCAAAGCCUUCUUCUUCUUCCACAGGGACAUCCGAACUUUCAAUCACCUUUCCCUUCUUCUUGCUUGCUAACUCCUUCUUCCUCUUUGCACUUCUUGUAGCCAUUAGUGAACUCGGUGUUGUCGCCAAAGUCAAGAGAAACAACCCAAAUCUAUUUUUUCAGAAAGGUAAUCUACCCUGCUUUUGGGUGAAAGAGGCCACACUUAUGACACAAAAGGGCUGCAAAGUCCCCAACACUCUGCUUAUACACUUCUCCCAAUAUUCAGACUUAUCUCCCUUCAACACCACACUUAAACUCAUCAUCCCCUUAUCAAUAACAUUCCAAACACCGCAACCAUAG